GUUUCGUUCGUUGUUUGUAUUCAUGUUCAGAACUUGACGUACAAGCUGUAUAGGUAGUUUUUAAUCGUUGGCAUAGUAAGAGCCCAACCCAUAUAUUAAUUGAAUUCAGUUUAUAUUUAGUGUGUUUUCUAACGAAAUUUUUUCCUCAAAAAACAAAAUUUUCACCAUAAAAUAAAAAACAAUUGAGUGUGAAUUUAAGAGUGCAUUUUCAACAAAAUAGUGUUUGUAUUUGUGGUGUGUUUUCAUUAUGGAUUUUUAUUUGCGCCAUCUCAAAACAAGAUCGUAAUAAAUUAUCAUCGGAAAAUUACAAAUAUGUCGUAGGCAAAAAGGAAUAAAUACAGUAGCUGAAUACGUACUCAUCAUAUUUUGUUAGAAACAAAGCGUCGAUUUUUUAAAAUUUUUCGAAAAUAUUCUUAUUAUUAUACAUACUUAAACGUAUAAAUCAAAAUGGCAGUUGAAUCUGAAGCAAAAACAGAUAAUGCUAAAAGUGGCGAUAAGGCAGCUAAUAAAAAUGCGGCAGUUGAUUCACCAAAAUCACAAAAACGUUCUUCCGUUGGUAAAACAGCAUUAGCGAAUAUUUCUAUGUUAGAUGGAUCAAAACUUUCCAUAAAUAUUGAUCGCAAAGCAAAAGGAUUUGAAUUAAUGGAUAAAAUAUGCGAAUCAAUAAAUUUAUUAGAAAAAGAUUAUUUUGGUUUAACGUAUGCGGAUGCACACGAUCAACGUAAUUGGUUGGAUUUAGAGAAACGUGUUAGUAAAUUUAUUAAAAAUGAACCAUGGACAUUAUCAUUUUGUGUGAAAUUCUAUCCACCUGAACCAGCAGCAUUACAAGAAGACAUCACACGCUAUCAAUUAUGUUUACAAAUACGUAAUGAUAUAUUAACACAACAAUUACCAUGUUCAUAUGUGACACACGCACUAUUAGGUAGUUAUUUAGUUCAAGCUGAACGUGGUGAUUUGGAUGAUUUACCAUCAUCGUUAACAACAAAUGCUGCAUAUUUACGUGAUUUUCAAUUUGCACCAAGUCAAACACCAGAAUUAGAACAAAAAGUUAUGGAAUUGCAUAAAACACACAAAGGACAAACCCCAGCUGAAGCUGAAUUACAUUACUUGGAAAAUGCUAAAAAAUUGGCUAUGUAUGGUGUCGAUUUGCAUCCAGCUAAAGAUUCUGAAGGCGUUGACAUUAUGUUGGGUGUAUGCGCAAGUGGUCUUUUAGUCUACAGAGAUAGACUGAGAAUAAAUCGUUUCGCAUGGCCUAAAAUAUUAAAAAUCAGUUACAAACGACAUAAUUUCUAUAUAAAAAUUCGACCAGGUGAAUUUGAACAAUAUGAGUCAACAAUUGGAUUUAAAUUGGCAAAUCAUAGAGCUGCAAAAAAAUUAUGGAAAGUUUGUGUUGAACAUCAUACAUUUUUCAGAUUAAUGACACCUGAACCAGCAACAAAAUCAAGUUUAUUCCCACGUUUUGGAUCUAAAUUCCGUUAUUCUGGACGUACACACUACGAAACAAAGAAAACACCAAUUGAACGACAACAACCGAAUUUCGAACGAUCAUUAAGCGGACGAGGUUUUACUUCACGAAGCAUGGAUCCGUUGAGCGGAACUCGACCUGAAGACAAUUACCCAGUUAAUGAUGUCAACAAACGUCAUACAAUGUCACAUCCACCUGAUCAUAUACCCGACAUGGACACACACAGUCCAGCUAAAAGUAAUAAAUCACCAAAAAUCAAGAAAGAUAAACAAAAAGAUAAGAAACCAACAGGUGGUGUGGCUGUACUUCCAACUGGUGGUCUUUUUGCCCGAAAAGACAAACAGAAAAAAGAUACAGCCGAAAAUGACAAUGAAGUUGAUAAAGAAAAUCGUGGUGCCGAUUUAAAUGGUAGCGGUGGCCCUGAAGAUUUAGAAAAUACUAGUGCAGAAAGUGCUUCCACAAAAUCACCAAAGGAUAAAAAAGAGAAAAGCAAGAGCCCAAUAUCUGGUUUUGGAUUUGGCUUUGGAUCUAAACGUGGGGAAAAAAAUAAGGAUAAACAAGAGAAACGUCCAACUAGUCCAUCAUCUGCUUCUGAUACAACUACAGAUGCGGACAGUUCGUUAGACAUUAGUGGUAGUAAGUUGGCGAGUAAAAAGGAUAAAAAAGAAAAAGAAGCCAAAGCUAAAAAGGAAAAAGAAGAAAAAGAGGCGAAAGCAAAACGUGAAAAGGAAGAGAAAGAAGCUAAGGCAAGAAAAGAAAAAGAGGAAAAAGAAGCUAAAGCAAAAAAAGAGAAAGAAGCGAAAGAAGCUAAAUCGAAAAAAGAAACCCCACAAAAAGCAAGUGGUAAGCAAGGGAUUGCAGUUGAAUCACCAAAAGUACCAGCAUAUACAAAAGAAUACAAUUACGAAGAGAGCCAAGGUGAUGAUGCUGAACUUUCACCAAGUAAAAAACCACAACCAGGUGCAUUCAGUUAUGAAAAAAGUCCUGUUGAAUCAGAACGACAACGAACAUCAGUCGCGCAAAGUCCUGGUUCUGCUACGAAACGUGUCACUGGUCUUGCAUUUAAUUAUGCACCAGGUGAAGAUCAAAAAGUUGUAGAAACAGCCGAAAAACGUGCUAAAAGCUUAACUGAAUCGCCUGAGAAAAACUUAGAUGAAUUAAAUAAAGCUGCACGUGAAGAAUUAUCACCAACUUCAAAACGAGCACUCGAUAAAAAUAAAUCUUCAUUUGGUCCUGCUGGUGGUCUUGCUGCAUUUGAAGUAGGCCAACCCGAAAAUAACCGUAACAUUAAAAAAGAUACAGCUGAUUUCUUGGCUGGUGAACAAUAUGGCAAAGAUGGCCAACCGAAAAAUAUUCCACUUGGAAAAACUGACGAUAUUAAAAAUCAAAUUGCUCCAAUUGCCGCAGCUACUGUACCUGGUUAUGCUGGUAAAACACCUAAGAAACGAACUGUUAAGAUUAUGGUAAUUACAUCGAAGAAAGAUCCACAAACUAAACAAGUUGAUGUCGAAAAUGGUGAUUCUGAAUUUUCAAACGGUAUAUUAGACACAGAAACUGGUUUAAUUGAAACUAAAUAUGGUCUGAUUGAUCCAUCUAGUGGUAAAAUAAUUGUCACAUACUCAAAUGGACAAACUGAAAUACUUCAAGGCAAAAUAGAUCCUACUACAGGACAAAUACAUUUAACUGAGAGUCCAGUGGUUGAUCCGAAAACGGGAAAAUUAGAUGAUUCUCUAGGACAAAUUAUUUCAAUUGUUGGUCUAAAACCAGGCCAAAAAGAAGAUGCCGAAAAAGGAUCUAAGCUUUGUUUAGUUGCUCCAACGCAUCCAGCACCGAAAAAACGAAUUAUCAAGAUUGUCGUAAUUACAUCGAAGAAAGAUAAUAAAACUGGUAAAAUUGAUCCGAGUGAUAAGAGUAGUCAUAUUGAACAAUCAAGUGCUAUUCUUAACCCAGAAAAUGGUUUAAUUGAAUCCAAAUACGGAUUAAUUGAUCCUAAAAAUGGUAAAAUCAUUAUUAAUGAUCCUAAAACGGGUAAAGUCGAUGUUAAACCAGUAGAUUUGGAUGAAGAAACUGGUCUUAUUACAAUUCAUUCUGGAGUUGUAGAUCCUAAAACAGGUAAAGUGGAUCCUCAUUUAGGUCAAAUCAUCACGAUUGUUGGUCAAUCUGAUCCUGUUGUCGAAAUUAUUACAAUUACUGGUAAAAAGAAUCCAAUAUCUGGACAAAUUGAUGAAAGCAAAGGUCAAAUGGAAACAACAAAGGGAAAAUUGAAUUCUGCCAAUGGUGAUGUUACUACUAAAUAUGGAGUAUUAAAAUUGAAGCAAUUGAAAAUUGUUACCACUGAUCCAAAAACUGGUAAAAUUGAAGAAAGGCCAAUCGAAAUUGAUUCAGAAACGGGUAAUGUUUUUGUAGCCUCAGGUGUAGUUGAUCCAAAAACUGGAAAAGUUGAUCCCAGCUUUGGACAAAUCACUCAAGUUGGACAAAUUAUUGAUGAACCCGAAGUACAAAUUACAACAUUUGUUGGUAAAGUCGAUUCAAAGAAAAAUACAAUUGAUAGUAAAAAUGCUGUACCAGAAGUGACAACAGGUUUAUAUAAUCCAGAAACACACAAAGUUGAUUCAAAAUUAGGACAAAUCGAUCCAGUUAAUGGCACUCUAACAUAUAUUAAUCCUAAAACUGGCAAAACAGAAACAAAACAAGGCGUUAUUGAUCCACUUACUGGUCAAAUUCUUUUCAAAGGUGGUUACAUUAAUCCAAAAACUGGCAAACCAGAUCCAAAUUUCGGCCGUUUAGUUUCUGUAUUAAUUACUGAACCACAAAUUAAUGAAAAAACUGGUCAAAUUGCAGAUAAAGAUCCUAAAAAUGUUAAAAUUGAUCCCAAAACAAAUCAAAUUUGGGUAUUAGAUCAUAAAGACGCUACCACUGGACAAUCAGUAUAUUCAUCUGGCUAUGUAGAUCCAAAAACUGGUUAUAUUAUUACUAUUUAUGGAUAUCUAGAUCCAAAAAGUGGUAAUAUUGUUAAAGUACAAAAAGUUGAUUCAAAUAACGCAAAGAUUGAUCCUGAAACAAAACAAAUUUAUACAAAAACUGGUGAUUUAGAUGAAACAGGUACCCCAAUAUACUCUGUUUCACAAAUUGAUCCUGGUAGUGGUGAAAUUUAUACAAAAUAUGGCAAAGUUGAUCCAAAAACUGGCAAACUCGUAAUUAUUCGAAUAUAUUUGAUAACACAAAGCGAUCCACAAGGUAAAGUUAAAGAAAUCGAUCCAAAAAGUUGUACCCUUGAUGAGAAAACGGGUAAAAUUAUCAAUGUUACCACUGAAACGAUAUACAUGUAUAGUACAAAAGAUCCAAAAACUGGUAAAAUUAUACAAAUUGAUCCAAAUGAUCCAUUAGUUAAAUCAGAGAAUGUUAAAAUUGCUCAAGUAUUAACGCUAUCCGGCGAAAUUGAUCCAAUUACUGGUAAAAUACACACUGAAUGGGGUCAUAUUGACCCACAUACAGGUGAUAUUGAUCCAGCAACAGCAAGAAAAGAUCCUGUAACUGGACAAUUGGUAUUAAAUUAUGCAGAAAUUGAUCCAAGCCAUUUUAAUACAGAAAAUGUGGGUAAAAAUGUUAAACUUACAACUCAAACAUUCGCUAAAUCAAGUGAAUCAAUUGAUGAGACUUCAGACGAUGACAUUGAAAAAUAUAAACCGGAUAGUUUGAAAGGAAUACCAGAUUUAAAGAUUCCUCGUGGUACUGGUAACAAAAAAGGUAGUCAACCCAAUACACCAAUUAUUGUAAAAACUACAACCAAACAAAUUUUAACAAAAGAUAGUGAAGGCUUAACACAUGAUAUUGAAGAAAAAGUUGAAGAUUUAGGAACUGGUGAAGUGACAAUAAAUACCCAAGUAAACAAGGCGGAUAUGCCAAGUGGAGUAGUACCUGGUAGUGAUACCGGUGCGUCACCUUAUGUGACAGCACGUGCAGUAACAACACGAACAGCUACUACACACGAAGACGAGCAAGGGCAACGAACACAACAACUAACAGAAGAAACUGUUGCAUCAUCAUUAACAACGUCUGCUCGGCGACAAGAACAACGAACAGUCACACAGCAAGUGACUACAACGUCUACUGUUUUAAGCGGUGAACAGCCUCGAUUAAGGCGAGGGUCAGAAAGUUCAAUCAGCUCAGGAGAUUCGGGUACACCAAUUGAUCCGGAAGAUGAUACAUCAGCUGGUAAUUUAUUCAUGAAGACCGAAGCUGGAAUUGUACCAACUGCAUCAAUGGUUUGGGACCAAUCAGCAAACCGUGCAACAAAUCUAACAACUGAUGUACCAUUAGUUGCUACCGAAAGUCGUACAGUUCGAUUAGAAAGUCAUGGGACAAUACCAGGCGAGAAAGAUGGCGAUACAAUUAAUCCUGAUAUUGAAUAUGUAACCACCGGAGAAAUUGUUAGCAGUCAAACAAUUAGUUCAAAAACAAGAACUGUUGAAACAAUUACGUACAAAACGGAACGAGAUGGGGUAUGUGAGACACGAGUUGAACAGAAAAUUACAAUUCAAAGUGAUGGAACUGAUCCAAUAGACCAUGACCGCGCAUUAGCCGAGGCUAUUCAAGAAGCAACACGAAUGAAUCCCGAUAUGACUGUUGAUAAAAUUGAAAUUCAACAGACUACAGCACAGUAAAA